AUGGAGGAUAUCAGUAAAACUAAUAAUGGCGGUUUGAGCCAUUUGCGUAUCAAAAGGAAAGUUGUUCGGGCAUAUAAGAACUUAACCAAUGUAGAGCGUUGCCCAGUUGAGCUGUAUAAUAAAAUACGUAUCUCACGUGCCGAAAGAAAUCAGUGACAACGCAUUCUAUUUGCGGGCUUUGCCAAAGCCAAAAGGGGACGUAUGGUAUUAUAAUAAAGCUAUGGGGAGGGAAACGUUAGGGAACGUAGUUAAGAAUAUUAUGCGAAGAGCAGGUUUUGAGGGGCACUUUACAAAUCAUUCCCUUUGA